AACCCGCCGGCUCUGGCGGGCCAGUCUAAUUCUAAGUUGCCGUUGGUGCAUAAAAGGGCUCUCAUAUUUUCGGUAAGCCAUUCAAUUCACUGCUAGCCCACUCCAAGAGUCCUCGCUGUUUAGCACGUUAAUCUUCUAUUUACUUUCAUAUUCACGAUGAAGUUCUUGACUGCUUCCACCGCCAUCGCCCUUGCUACAUGCGCCGUCGCUACCACUUUCACCGCCUCUUAUGAUACCACCUAUGAUGCGGGAUCCACCUCACUGAACACGGUGGCCUGCUCAGACGGCCCCAACGGCUUGGAGACGCGUGGCUACACCACUUUCGGCUCUAUCCCGAGUUUCCCUUACAUCGGGGGUGCGCCCCAGAUCACAGGCUGGAACUCGCCAUAUUGUGGCUCGUGCUGGGAAAUCACUUACGGGACCACCACAAUCCACAUGACCGCCAUUGAUGUCGGUGAUGCGGCACGAGAAGGGUUCAACUUGUCGGAGGAAGCCAUGAACGCGCUCACGGGCGGACAGGCUGCGAGUUUGGGGCGUGUCAGCGUUACGGCCACCCAAGUCGCUGCUAGCGUUUGUGGUCUGUGAAACUAUGAAAUUAGGGUGUGCGGGGCAAAUGGUUGUUUCGUUUUAGUCAACGAGUUUUUUUUUGGCUAGCUCUUCGACUUUUAUGUACACAAACGGAAAAU